AUGUCUUCUGCUACAAAAGAGGUCCUUUCCAAGGUGCGGCGUAUGAUUCCGCCAAUGCUAGAGAGGUUUCACAAGGGUUUGUCGCCAAAGCACUGGUUCUGGGUGAUUAAGACUGACGCAAGAACAGGCCAGUUGGGUAGAGUCGCCGUCAUCGGCGGCAGUGAAAAUUACACAGGUGCACCCUACUUCUCGGCCAUGGCAAGCGCAAGGCUGGGCUCUGAUCUGUCGCAUGUCAUUUGCACACCAGCAGCCGCAACUGUCAUCAAGUCAUACUCGCCAAACCUCAUGGUCCAUCCGCUGAUGCGACAGAGUGAAAACGCCAAAAAGGAACAUGAGCCUGCGGCUUGGAAUGCUUCCAAGGACCCCGAGUCCAAUGCUGACCACAUUGCGGCUCAAAUCAAAGAUCUACUGCCUCGCCUCCAUGUCCUCGUCAUCGGACCUGGUCUGGGUCGUGAUCCUCUGAUGCAUGCUACUGUCGCACACGUUAUCCGUGCUGCUCGCGAGCAAGAGCUUCCAAUUGUAUUGGAUGCUGAUGCUCUGGCGAUCGUGCACACGCAGCCCGAGCUGGUGAGUGGUUACGACGGUGCUGUACUGACACCCAACGUUGUCGAGUUUGGCAAAUUGUGCGACGCACUGAAAGUCAAAGUCGACGACAAUGCGCCUGAGACCGCGCGCGUUGAGGCUCUGGCCAAAACUCUUAAGGGCGUGACAGUGGUUCAGAAGGGUACCAAGGAUUACAUCUCCAACGGCGAAACAACACUGACUGUGGACCUUGAAGGCGGUAAGAAGAGGAGUGGCGGGCAGGGAGAUACUCUGACUGGUUCAAUUGCCACAUUCCUGGGAUGGAGGAGAGCGUACCUGGACCGUCUGUGGGAUGUCGGCAAGGACCCCAUCGGCGAGCACGAGUUGGUUGGACUCGCGGCCUUCGGUGGCUCUGCUAUCACAAGAGAAUGUUCUCGUCUAGCCUUUUCUAAGAAGGGACGCAGUCUACAGGCAAGCGACUUGACUGACGAAGUUCAUAUCUCAUUUCUCAACAUCUUCGGUGAGGACGAUGAGGUAGAUGAAUCCAGGCUGUAA